AUGUUCAGAUGCUUUUGGCUAAUUUCACGCGACUUUUUAAUUACUUCCCGUCAAAAGCGUCCCUACUCUACACUUUUAAGUUACUUCUUCAAGCCCUUCUGUUUUUAUGUGACUGCUUUUCGCCGUUCACCGUCUGUUCAUAUUGUGCUUACUUUCAGGGAACAAAGCAGGAAGCUGCAUGUAUUCUCGGUCAAAGUCGCUCUCGCAACGCUAUGUACAGGAAAGUUGCUCGACAAGCUUAGGUAUAUUUUUUCGCAGAUUUCCGAUAACUCGGGCGUAAUGGAUUAUCGCAAGUUUUGUGAAUACCUGCGUGAAGUUCUCGCCUUACCAGCGGCCGUUUUCGAAGGACCAACCUUUUCAUUUUCUGAAAACGCUGUCAAGAUGUGCUUUGAAGCGGUAAAAGCGACAAUGCGGAUUUAUUUGUACCGAUUUAAAAAUAAUAUCUUCUGUACCUUAUCACACGUAUAAAU